AUGACUAGCCAUACGCAUCCUCCCUCGCCAGAGGGCCACCUCAGGCCACGCCUGUCCAAGAUCACAAUGGUAGCCAUGACAUUUGCCAUUCUCAACCUUGGUGAGCUCGCCGCCAUCUGGCCCACAGCUGGUGGACAGUACCACUUCCAAUGGGCCUUGACCUCUGAGAAGUGGAGGAAAGUUAUGAGCUUCGCGGUCGGCUACAUCAACAUCUUUGGCUGGCUAACACUCGUCACGACCGAGGGGUUCUUCGCAGUUGCAUCCAAUGGAACCUACGCUGUGGCGGCAUGGAAGACGUACCUAAUUUUCAUGGCCGUUUUGACGUUCGGUACACUAUCCAUGACUUUUGGAAAUCGUAUCUUGGGUCCAUGGAACAACCUGGCCUUGUACUGGUCCAUCCUCAGCGUGUUCGUUGCCAGCGUCGUCCUACUCUCAACCUCCGAUAAAACAGACUCGGAAUUUGUUUUUGCGACCUUCCAAAACGAAACAGGAUGGAAUGAUGGAAUCGCGUGGAUUUUGGGACUACUUCAGUCGGCUCUGUCGCUCAUAGGAUACGAUGCCGUUUUGCACAUGACGGAGGAGAUGCCCACACCAGCUCGUGACGCGCCUCUGGCAAUGGUGUACGCUGUUGGCGUCGGAGGGACCACGGGAACAAUCUUCAUACUCGUCAUGCUCUUCUGCCUGACAGACCUCCCGAGCAUAGUUGCCACGAAUACCGGAUUGCCCAUCGUCGAACUCAUAUUCCAAUCAACAGGCAGCCGGGCGGGAACCACAUUCCUGACUCUAAUGCUAGCCAUAUGCUUUAUCCACGGCACGAACGGCUCCAUUACUAGUGCAAGUCGACUCUUAUUCGCCUUGGCUCGCGACAAAGGCGUUCCGUAUCAUUCCUACUUUAGCCACAUCCAUCCGAGAUGGGAAGUGCCUGUUCGAACUAUCGUUCUGACAUGGGUGUUCAAUGCUAUCUUCGGACUAUUGUACCUUGGACCGACCGUCGCGUUCAACGCGUUCGUCUCUUCUUGCACGAUUCUCCUCAACAUGUCAUAUGCUAUCCCAGUGUUGACACUCAUUGUGAGAGGAAGGGAUAUCUUGACACAGUUCCAGGAUUCUCAAGCCAACAACACACCAUGGAGAUUUGGCAAGGUGCGGGGACUAAUCAUCAACUACAUUGCUGUGCUCUACGUUUUCAUCACUUCAAUAUUCUUCUGCUUCCCACCAGUGCUCCCGGUCACUGCCAGUUUGAUGAAUUACGUGUCAGGUGUCAUCGGCAUCUUUGCUAUCUUUUUGAUUGGCUAUUGGGUGUUGUAUGGAAAGAAGACAUUCGAGGGUCCGGAACUCGAUAUUAUUCUGGGCGAAAGAUUUGACCUCUCUGAAGUGACUGACGAACUCGCCAUGGAAGAAAAGAAUAUUUCGAGUAGGAAACAAGAUGUUGAUGGCAAGGGCAAGUAG